GAGAGAAAGAAGGAAGGAGGGAAGGAGGGAGGGAUGCGAGCGAGGCCGGGGAGGAGGGCGCGGGGCGCGGGCCGGCCCCAGACCUCGCCGCCGGGCUGGGCGGGCAGCGCGCGGGGCGUCCCCAGGCGGCACCCCGGGACCCCACGGGCUCCCCGCGGCCAGACCCCGCACGCCCAGCAGGAGUCCCGCCAGCGGCGCCCAGGGGCGGCGAGUGAUCGGUGCCGGGGCACCCAGGCUUCCUGCCCCGUCCAGCACCCGCGGCGCCUCCCGGGCCCGGGCAGAAGGGACCAUGAAAGUGAGGUCCGCCGGCAGCGACGGGGAUGCGCUGUGCAUUACCGAAGAGGAACUGGCGGGCGAAGAGGAAGACAUGUCAUCCUUCCCGUGCACCCAGGAGGGCCGGCCAGGACCCUACUGUAGCCGCUGCCAAAAGAACCUGUCGUUGCACACUUCCGUGCGGAUUCUGUAUCUCUUCCUGGCUCUGCUCCUGGUGACUGUGGCCGUACUUGCUUCUCUAGUGUUUAGGAAAGUGGACUCCCUCUCCGAAGACCUCUCCUUGGCCCAGUCCACGUAUGACAAGAAGCUUAUGUCGAUGCAGGAAAAUCUUCAAGGGCUGGACCCCAAAGUCCGGAGCAACUGCUCUGUCUGCCACGAGGCUGGGCAGCUGGGGCAAGAGAUUAAGAAGCUGCAGGAGGAGCUGGAGGGGCUUCAGAAGCUGCUGCUGGCCCAGGAGGUGCAGCUGGACCAGGCCUCCCGGGCCCACGAACUGCUCUCCACCACCAGCAGUCAAAUCUCCCAAGAGAUGGGGGGUUGCUCCUUCUCCAUCCACCAAGUCAAUCAGUCCCUGGGGCUCUUCCUGGCCCAGGUGAGGGGCUGGCAGGCCACCACCGCCGGCCUAGACCUCUCCCUGAAGGGCCUCACUCAGGAGUGCUAUGACGCCAAGGCCGCGGUCCACCAGAUCAACUACACCGUGGGCCAGACAGCAGAGUGGGUCCACGGGAUCCAGCGGAAGACGGACGAGGAGACCCUCACCCUGCAGAAGAUGGUCACCGACUGGCAGAACUAUACUCGGCUCUUUGGCGGCCUGCGUGCCACCUCCACCAAGACUGGAGAAGCGGUCAAGAACAUCCAGGCCGCUCUGGGGGCGUCCUCUCAACGCAUCAGCCAGAACUCCGAGAGCAUGCACGACCUGGUGCUGCAGGUCAUGGGCUUGCAGCUGCAGCUGGACAACGUCUCAUCCUCCCUGGACGACCACGAGGAGAACAUGCAUGACCUCCAGUACCACACCCGCUACGCCCAGAACCGCACCGUGGAGAGGUUCGAGUCCCUGGAAGGACGCAUGGCUUCGCACGAGAUCGAGAUCGGCACCAUCUUCACCAACAUCAACGCCACGGACAGCCACGUGCACAGCAUGCUGAAGUACCUGGACGACGUGCGGCUCUCCUGCACGCUGGGCUUCCACACGCACGCCGAGGAGCUGUACCACCUGAACAAGUCCGUCUCCCUCAUGCUGGGCACCACCGACCUGCUCCGACAGCGCUUCGGCCUGCUCAGCGCCCGGCUGGACGUCAGCGUCCGCAACCUCUCUAUGAUCGUGGAGGAGAUGAAGGCCGUGGACACACAGCAUGGGGAGAUUCUGCGCAAUGUCACCAUCCUCCGAGGUGCUCCUGGCCCUCCAGGACCGAGAGGACUCAAAGGAGAUGCGGGUGUUAAAGGGCCCCUUGGCGGCAGAGGACCCAAAGGAGACCCUGGCAACUUAGGCCCCCGGGGAUCUCAAGGCCCCCAAGGGCAGAUUGGGGAGCCUGGACCGAUGGGGGAGCGGGGACCAGUGGGCCCGCGAGGCUUCCCGGGCCCCAAAGGCUCCAAGGGUAGCUUCGGCAUCGGAGGACCCAGAGGACAGCCAGGCUCCAAAGGAGACGUGGGGCCUCCAGGGCCAGAGGGGCCCCCGGGGUCUCCAGGGCCCUUGGGGCCUCAGGGUAAACCAGGAAUCGCAGGGAAAACGGGGUCCCCAGGUCAGCGGGGGGCCAUGGGGCUAAAGGGAGAACCGGGCAUUCAAGGACCGCCUGGGCUGCCCGGACCCCCGGGCCCCCCAGGAGGCCAGAGCCCCUACUGAGACGGGUCCCUGGUCCAGACACUGCCAUGUGGAGGGGGGACCCCCCGGGGGGACGGGGGAUGGGAGCUCAAAGCAGCUCAAAGCCUCAGUUUCCCCACACUUGGGAUGCUCGGACUCUGCUGCAGGGCCGCCCUGCAGCUCUGCCCCCCCCCCCUUGUGGUGACUGAGAGCAACCUCCCCUCACGCACGUGUGCACACACAGGCACGCAUGUGCGCACUCGUGUGUACACACACGCACACAGGCACACAGUCGGCCCGCUGGCUGGGCAGGAGGAGAGGGCCGAAUCCCCCCUCGCCUGGGGCUGAGUCCACUAGGGAGGUGGCUACCUCGCGAAGAAGGCCUCGGAUCUCUCUCUCUCUCUCUCUCUCUCUCUGAAUGGAGGACCUGCUCCAUCCUUCUGGAAGUUUCCUGGGGCUCCCCGUUUGAUGAGACCUAGGGAGACUUGUGCAAGGCAUUUGGGGGUGAGAUGAGCGUGGUAUCAGCAAGCCAUAGGCACAGAGCGCCCAGGGAGCUGCCCCGGCCCCACUAGGGCAGGCUGGCUCGGCCCAGGCUGGCAUUCCCGGGCCCUGUGCGUGGCACACCCCGAGAAGCCCAAGGGAGUUUCUCCCGCGUGCCCCCAAAUCCUCCGCCCAUCUUGCCUGUGCAUCUCAGAAGCAACUAGGAAGGAAUCAAGCAGGAGUUCCAUCUGCGCCAGACAACUGUAACCUUCUAGAACAUUCUACCUAGCACCCAGGAAGGCUGCAGCUGAGGAAGCAGGAGGAGCCUCUGUGCUGGCGGAGGAGGACCAGGCUAAGGGAGGACAGGGGCGGAUCCCAGAUGGCUCUCGUCCUCGCUGCUCCUCACCCCAAAGGUGUUCCCGUCUGGAGCUGUCUCCUCGACGCUGCCUCUCAGACCCGCCCUCUGCCUCCUCUGAGCUUCCGUGUCACUGUCCUCGUGGACAGAGAUGUGCAACUGGCUUGCACAAGCCCUUCCCUGCCCAUUGCCGUGUAACGCCCUGUCUGCCUAGGAUGGUAUCGUGCCACGUGCUCGUACUGACCCAGUAAAGAGCUGUUUCUAGGA